AUGACAAUGGCAACGGGAUCAAGCAGCGAGCUGCGUACAGAUGACGUGCAGCAGCUCUGGACGCUUGCGUGUCUUUUAGCGCAACGGGGUCUAGUACCGCAGACUGCGCAGUGUCUUGAGCCUCUUUGUGCACUUGAUUCCAGCAAUAGAAGCGCCGAAGAGCAAGUGAUUUUAGUACAAGCUAAUGCUGUUUAUGCAGAGCUUUGCAGCGUCGCGUGCAGUAACAGCAGGAAGGCGGAGGAUCGAGAGUUAUGGACACGUCGUGUUGCCCGGAUUGAGAAAUGUAUCCAUGCCGUUGACACUGCAGUUGCUCGAGGCGUUCUUUGCAGUCAUGAGACCCAGCUGCGGUUAUUGAAGGCCAAGUUUCUGCUUCAGCAGCAGUUGAAGGUCGAGCGGUCAGCAAAGAAUCGGAAAUUGCUGGAGAUUUUAGCGGAAGGGUUGCAGGUUGCUGCAAAACAUGAUAAUCCUGUUGCGGCAGGAUUUAGUAAGUACUUUGAGGUCAAGAUGAAGGCUUGUCUGGUAAGGAUGCAUGCCGCAACUGUCACGAAGAAGUGCGGCACGAACCGCGACGGCAUCGAUAGCUUUGUGGACAAUCUGAGGUACUUACGAACCACACUGCCAGCUUUUAUCAACAAACGCUUCCUGUUAUGGUUGGUUGAAGCGACAUGCCACACAGCUGUCUCAUCGUUUUACCCCGGUAACAUCGCAGAGACGCGCCAAUUAGUUGAAUUUGGUCAGGAGUUUUUGGAUCGAGUGUCUGUACAGGAACCGGCAUCUGCAGACUUUCACAUGCACCACCUGAUCAUGACUGGGUUUUACUACUUACGGACGGGAACAAUUACGAAAAUAGCACCGUUACUGGAACGAGCCAACAUGCUGGCAAAUGACAUUGGAAUCAACGUUAGUCAAAAGCGAGCUGGAAGUACGAAGGAAUCGUUCUUGAUCACCAUUCUGGACUCGAUGCGGGUGAGCGUUGUCGCAUGUUCUGACCCUAAGGAAGCGUGCGAUCUCGCCAUGAAGAACGUCCUCUUGGUUCAAGCAAAUUUACAGACACAGUGCCAGCCAGCAGUGCGACUUGUGCUCAUCGCAACCCUGUUCGACAUGCUCCACGUCUACUGCCGCUUGCUGGGCUUGCAGUGUCGAUAUGCAGACAUGGGUGCAAGUAUCGUGCAGAUGACUGCAUUAUUUGCGACGUACAAGGUCGACCUAGAGCGGACCAUGCUUUACCGUGUUUUCCUUGCGCGUUGUCACACGUUGAUAGCCAAGUUUGCCACCGCCAUUGGGAAAGUGAAAGAUGCUUGCGCCCACUUAAACUUUAUUGUGGAUAAAGUGCUUCCUGCCCCCACGGUUGCCGAGACAUCGUACCCUGAUGCAUGUCUGGCUGUGUGGGUGGAUGUGCUUGAAGUUGCAACAUACUGUUGUGAAGCGGGUACUUCGAAGCGCUUGCCAUCAAGCAGCAGUGUGCUCAAGGGUGCACAGAUAGAGCAGAUCUAUCCCAGCCGAGUAUUGCUCCAAUGGGCCGCUCGUGUUCUGACACAAGAUGGCUUGCAAAACCAGAUUCGUCAGUGCUGCAAUGUUGAGCUGCACGCCAAGUACGACCUUGCGCUCGCAAAAUGGAUGUGGGCUACGGAAAGCUCGUCAAAUAACCUCGAAGCGAAAGGAGGUAGCUCUAGCCGCACUGCGUGCUGUACUGAGCACACAAAGCUUGAGGCACUACGUCCAACGACGUUCACUCUCCUCCACCAGUCGCUCCAGCAUGUGAAGGCAAACGUGACAUGUUGCGAGACGACUUCCGAGAUCAUGGCGUUGUUCGGACCGCAGCUAGCGGCUGGCGGUGAAGUCGAGCAAGCUGAAAGUAUGCUGGAGAACGCCAUCCGCGUCACGCUGCACACCAAGAAUGUGCUGCUACAGACGCGACUUUUGGUGGACGUCUUUGAGCUCUAUGCAAACAAAGGGCUACCGAAGGCACAAGCGGCUGCAGCAGCCAAGUACGAGAAGAAGCUGGCAGUUUUACAGCGUCGCAUCGCAGCAGCUCAAGACCAAGAGACCACGAUCGCAGCUUUGAUGCGAUGGACUGCAGGGGGCAGCAAUUGA